AGGGUUAGAAGACAAGUUUCGAGGAUGCCGCCCAAAAGAAAAAGCUGUACUGGAAAGGCCGGAAAAGGGGAAGCAGCCUCUGGAAGUAACAGUGCUAACAAGAUGACUCAGGGUCCUAAAGGUGGUGGCAGUGCAAUAAAGGUCAGGCACAUUCUGUGUGAAAAAUAUGGCAGAAUUAUGGAAGCCAUGGAAAAGUUAAAGUCUGGAAUGAGAUUCAAUGAAGUGGCUGCACAAUAUAGUGAAGAUAAAGCCAGGCAAGGGGGCGACUUGGGCUGGAUGACCAGAGGGUCCAUGGUAGGACCAUUUCAAGAAGCAGCCUUUGCCUUGCCUGUGAGUGCACUGGAUAAGCCUGUGUUUACAGACCCUCCAGUCAAGACAAAAUUUGGAUACCAUAUUAUUAUGGUUGAAGGGAGAAAAUAAAAUCAU